UCAUCAGAUAUUCCAUAAUCAAGCGAGUUUUGUUAGUUAUUCGACAAAAAACUAAGUCGGUAGUUUCAAAAUGGUCCAAAUUGCAGGAAAAUAUGUGAUAAAGGAUGCCAAUCAGUUUGUUGAACAUUUAAAAAAAGAAGGAGUUCCAGAAGAAAGGAUCAAGCAAAUGUCAGAAGGAGAACAUUUUCUAGAAAUCAAACUUGAUGGCAAAAAACUCUGGAUCAACGAUCACCAUGGUAAUAAAGAUAGCAUAUCAGAUUUGGUGUUGGGGGAAGAAAAAGAAGAGAAGAAAUCUUGGGGUAAUUUCAAGGUUCUAGCGACGUUAGAUGGUAAUGUGUUAACCCAAAAAAUGCAGGGAGAAAAAGGAGAGCUUUUCACCAAAAUAUCUACUUUUUCUGACGAAGGAGUUGAAGUGGUACUGCCAUCCUACAAAGGAGGUGCUUCCGGAAAACUGAUUUACAAAAGAGAAUAAAUGACCUCAGAUAUUCCACAUUCAAUCUGUACAGACAUUCAUAAAUAACCUGAGUCAGAAAUUCAGAGAGUAUUUUAUGUUUAAGUAAGGAAGGAAGAAUGGAUGGUACAACAAUCUCUGCCAUAAUUUAUCAUGCCAAGAUAUUGAAUCCUGCCAUUUGAUUGGUUAUAAAUAUAAUAAACCAUCAAAAACAGC